GCUGGGAUCGCGCGUCGUUUGGUGCCUCUGUUUGAUAGGGUAUUAGUGGAGCGCUUUGUGGCCGAAACCCGCAGCAAAGGCGGGAUUAUGAUCCCCGAGAAGGCUGUCGGCAAAGUGCAAUCGGCGACCGUCGUGGCCGUGGGUCCCGGUGCUCGCAACGAGAAGGGAGAGCUGUUGCCCACUAGUGUCCAGGCGGGAGACAAAGUGCUUCUUCCCGAAUACGGCGGUACUAAAGUCGAGAUCGACGACAAGGAGUACUUCCUCUUCAGGGACACUGACAUACUCGGGAAGUGGCAAAACUAA